AUGAGCUCCCCACAGGCCCAUUCUUCCCAACCAACUAUGAAUAGCACCACUGCGACCAAUGGUGCCGCCCCAGCUAGCUCCAGUCAGAGCUAUAUGGGGUCGGGGUCGGGGUCCAGCUCAGCCCAGAGUAGCUCGUCGUUCGAAGCUUUCCAGCGAAACGUGGUCGGCAUCGGCGGCUGGGUGCCACCCACCCUGAACAAUUCGUCCCAGCUUGAUCUCCAAAAACCGUGA